AUGGAGGGUCAGAAGAGGAAGAGAGAAUCCGACACCGCCAUCGUCACAUACCAUGUGCGAGAUCGCUCUUUUCAGCGGGUGUUUAAAGAGACCACUCUCGCCGAAACUAAGGACACUAUCAGGCAGAAGCUUGGCAUUCCCCCAGACACGCCUGUGCAGCUUGUUCAGAUCCAGGGAGGGAGGAGGGUCGACCUCGAGGACGACGAUGAUUUUGAAGCCUUUCGCGCUUUGUCGCUCACAGAAUCUCGUCUGGAAGUGUCAGUGUCAGUUGAUGUACCAGGACACCCUGUUACCGACUCCACACAUCUCGGCUCUGUCUCCGGUACUAGUGCCAUGCAGAGGAAGAAGAAGAAAGGGAAGAGUGCUGCAGCGCUGCAGUUGUCCGUCGGUCCCACCGGUUCAUCUGUGUCGACCGGGAAUGUCCCCCGUAGUAUAUCGGUCGACCUCGCAGGUGAUGAAAGACCACCUUCAAAAAGACGCAAGGCCGAUACCGCCCAGAUUAGCCGCUUACAAACAGAACCGUCGCGUCUCCUUUCCGCUAAUUCUGUAGUCCGCGAGCAACACGAGCGUACGAAUGCUGCAGCAGACUCAGCUCUUAACGCCCCUAACCUUUCAAUGUAUGUUUCACCCUUGAAACGCAGAAAAUCUGCAAAAUCUCUGAAGGGAACCCCCGACGCUAAGCGCACCGUACGGCAGGACGUUCAAGAAGUGUCAGGCCCAGCGGAACCGCCCAUGAAGAAGCGGAAACACCAAAGCAUGUUUUCAUUCGAGAUCACCAACGGGGACGUUCCAGUCUCGACAGGAUCAACACUAUCAGACAUCACUGAGCCUUCGAUAGCUGCCGAACGCACGUCAUCUCCUAAGAAGAAGUCCAAGAAGAUGAAGCCGGCUCCGGAGCCUGUCGCUGGCCCCAGCACAGAGCGCUCGGCGCCCGCUGCCCCUGUCGAGAACUCAGACGACACGGUGAAGAAGCAGAGGAAAAGCAAGAAGGAGACGCCUGUUGACAAUGCGUUGAAGAAGCAGCAGAAAAGCACGAAGGAGACACCUGUUGUUGACGAGCUGACUUUGCCUCCAUCGGACGUCUCCGAAUUGCUGCCGGAGAAAAAGGGGAGGAAGAGGAAGGAUUCUGAGGUUAUCGCUGAGGCGUCGGUGCCCGACGACACUGCUCGAGCACUUCAGUCGGCACCGCCUACCGCUGAAGACGAGUCUUCAACUACCGGGAAGGUGAAGAAGUCCAAGAAGGCGAUCGGAAAAGCCGUGGCUGAGGCGCCUGCACUGCCAGAUGUGACACAGGAGCUUCCGAACGGAGUCAAGAAAACUAAGGGGAAAGGAAAGCAGAAGGCUGCUGAAUCUGCCGUUCCAGAGGCACCUGAGCACUUAGUGCACCCAGCGGAAGAAGUGCCCACCCCAGUUUCCACCGCGUCGCCUCCAGCCGGUACGUCCGAAGGACAGGCAGAAGCUCCAGCAGAUACUGCCAAGACAAAACCCGUUCGAAAGACGCGUCAGCCUAGAAAAUCUGCAGUCAAGCGGUCCGAGGAGUCGCCCGAAGAGGGCUUCGUCCGCGUCCACGCGGCCGUCGCCGCUAUACUGCACAGGAAGGCGAAUAUUGCGCCCGCGCCAGCGGCUGUAUCUGAGCCGACACACGCGGAAGAGAGGCCGAAACAACCUGAGGUGCUGCAGAUCCCUAAGAAGCAGAAGGCCGGCAAGUCCAAGUUGAGCAUGUCGUGGAGGCCUGAGGAAUCGACGCAGGAGCCCGCUGCUGUUGGACUCCAGAAAGAUACUUCUUCCGUACGGAAAAUGUCUACGCCGAAGGCGUCCUCUCCCACGAUCGAACCUGGCGCUACCAAGCGAAGAGUGAGUACUAGCAGCAAGAAGGGCAGCCAGACGAAGGAUAUCCUUUGUCCAGUAUGCGACCAAACGCCAUUCCACCUCCGAUAUCAAUGUCCGGUCGUUCUCGCCGGCGCAGAAUCCAUCCGGAAGCGGAUAGCGGAGCUCAGAGACACGGAUACCGACGAAGUGGUGAUCGACGAGCUGCAGGUGCUGCUCGGUAGGGCAGAGAAAAAGAGCGCGACCCAUGACAGGUCCAGCCCGACUGCUGAGCCCGUGCCGGAGUCUCCUGAUGCCGCGAAGCAAAGUAAGGCACGCGAACCCUCACCUCCUUCUCGUCGAUCUUCUGCACUCCUAUCAAAAUCCCCUUCCACCCGCACGCCAGUGAUUCCUACUGGCUCUGAGAUCGCCGAAGUCGCGGUGGAGCGUCAGGACGAGGGGAGCAGCAACGAAAGCUCGGACACCGAGAGCGAAGAGGAGAGCGACGAUGAUGCCCGGACGAUACCCAAGCCGACCCUCCUGCCUCUUCCCCGGAAGGUGGACACGCUGAACACCAACCUGGGGAACUCUGACAUCGCUGCUCUCCUGCGCGGCCCCGCCCGGUCCACAUCCAGUGUCCUCGCGCAGAUUCCGUCGGAGAGCAGUAGCGAAGACGAUGAUGCGGAUGAGGAAGAUAAUCGGAUGGAAGACGAAGAUGACGAUGAAGACGAAGACGAGAAGCAGGACAAGGCCUACCGCCGCCUCUCGCGACGCUUUGAGCCUGCCGAAUCUUCCUCGGACGAGGACGCACAGCCUGAUACCGCCUUAGCGGACGACGAUGAUGUCGUUCCACCAACGUUCAUGGACACGGACCCUCAAGAUGCUGUCAUCAAACAGAACACCGACAAGGUCGAAGUUGUUGCACUUGCUAAAGUCUUGGAUCGGGACAAUACGUGCGAGUCCUCGGAUACUCCUGAAGUACCCAAGGAAUCUGACAAAGCUGUCGGGGCCGAGGCUGAACAGGAAGUAGAGGACAAGCCCAUGGAUAACACCCAGCGGGUGCCAUCACCAGCGGAAGAGGAUGACGAAGAAGUCGCUACGAGUCUCGAUCUACCGGCUCCUUCUCCGGGAACAGAUAAUGCGGAAGAAGUCGACGAGAAGGUCGACGCUCAGGAUACUUCUGAGGAUGCCGUACACGGUACCACAACUGUCCAUUCUCCUGUCAUCGAAGAGGCUCCCUUGCCAGAACUAUUUGUUAAGGCUGCGUCCGUCGUGGAGAGGCGAAGCGCCAGCAUGCCCAUUCCUGAGCCUGAACAGGUUGAAGUGAAUGAUGCUAGGUCCACGGCGACGGAAUCCGCGGAACAGCCGGCUCAGAGGGGGGGCGACGAUAAAGAAGAUGAAGAGAUAGAACUGGAGGACGAGUGGGAACUGACAGACGGAGCGUCGCAGAGUAAACCAAAAGCACUCGAGCAGCAGGAGCUUGCGGAGAAAGAACAUGAAGAGGUUUCGGACCCUAUCGAAACCACGGACGAGAUCUUGGUCCCUGAGACGCAAGAAGAAGACCCCAUCGAAGCUGGGUCGUCAUCGCCGCACACUCCUCGACGACAGAGCACACAGCCGCCCCCGCUCAGCAAUCCAAGGUCGGGAACUAUCAAGCGUAUGAAGGAUCGUUAUGGGAGGCUCCCGCACCUCAGCGAGAAUUUACCCAUCCUUGCUUCAGCAUUUGUGACGUCGACACCGAUGCCAGCUGGCAAGGAGACUACACCCGACACUCCCGCUGUUUUUCAGACACAAACUACUGAAGAGAGCGUUCCGAGAGGCGUGCGACAGUCCAACCAGCGGUCGAAGUCGGCUGUACUGAUGCCACCACCGCCCGAGCCCUCACCUGCUCCAGCUCUCAAGCGUCGCGGUCGGCCGCCCAUGCCAGUAGAAGAGAAGGAGCGCAGAGCCGCUGAGAAGGCUGAGAAAAAGAAGAUAGCCGCGGAGAAGGCAGAGAAGACGAGGCUGGAAAGAGCGGAGAAGGUCCGCAAGCGUGAAGAGGAGAAGGCAGAGAAAACCCGCAAGCGCGAAGAAGAGAAGGCAGAGAAGGUGCGCCAGCGUGAGGAGAAGGCACAGGCGAAGAAAGGUGAAAAGCCUGCGCGGGUGACGAGCCAUCCUGUAGUUCCCGUUAUCACCACACCCGCCAAGGCUUUCCCCAAAUCCGUAGCUCCCCCCUCCCAGAGGCCUGAGGCACAGUCAGCGGUCAAGUGGACGACGUUGACCGAGUCUCCGUCAAUCAUAGAACCUGAAUCUUCUAUGAUCGACGAGUUGCGAUCGAGCAGUCCCGGAGGCGAUCUUCUCCCCGCGAGUUCAUCAGUCGCUGAUGAACUGCUCGGUGUCGACAAUAUCGUUGAAGCUAGGGAACGUACAUCCGGCGAUUCUCAACCCCAUGAGACCUCAGAGAAUGCGAUAGACCCAGACCCUCUCUUCUUACCUGGCACUCAAUAUCCAGAAAGUCCACUCUUUCCCCCAGCGACUGUGUUGGGAAAUCGCCUUGAGUCUUCUGCGUCUUCCAGCUCAUCUGAGUCUGAAGACGAGGACGCCCAAGUCGUACCGCAGCCGAAGCUUAGACACGCUUGGAUGCAGUCUGCACCGUUUCACCGUUUGUCCGACCUGCAGAGCCAGCAAUUGUUCUCACAGUUGCCAGUCACUCAUAUGGCUCUCAAGCCUUCCCGCACGGUGGCCAAGUUGUCCGGCGCUCUUCCUCGCGGUAGCGACGAUGAUGACGACGACGACGACGAUGACGACGACACGGAGGAUUCGGACUCAGACCAGGGCUCAGAAGUGCAGACGAAGUCUCACAUUCCACAAGAGCGGAGGGCUGGCGCGGGAGUACAGAAAAAAAAGCGGUCUGGGCUUGAGUUGUUUGAACACUAA